ACAUUUCACAAUGUGGUGUAACUAAGAGAUAACGUCUUGUUUUAAUAAACUGAAACUAUAAAUGACCAAUAAUUUGCUGAGUAGAUUCAGUUAUAACGAGUGUAAUAUUAGUGAGGUAGAAAAGGGGUCAUUAGGGACAUUUGAGUACAUACGAAGUUAUCUCAAGCACCUCCUACCCACGAUGUCCGGCUACUCCCUGAUGGUGUCUCCGGCGCGGAUCGUGGACCGUGAGUUCAAGCAGCCGCUGCUGUGCGGCCCCGGGCCCGCCAACUACUGGCCGGCUAUGAACGACGCGCUCACCAAGUGGGUCAUCAGCCCCAUGGAUGAUGAGUACUUCUGGGUACUCCAAGACAUCCGCGCGGGCCUUCAGUACGCGUUCCAGACGAGCAGUCCCCUGGUGCUGGCCGUCAGCGGCGCCGGCCACAGCGGCAUGGAGACCGUCAUCAGCAACCUGCUGGGGAGGGGGGAGAAGUUGCUCAUCGCCUCCCGCGGCAUCUGGGAUGAGAGGGCUUGCAGCAUGGCCACGCGAUAUGGCAUAACCCCGAUAGUGCACUCGACAGAGAUGACUUCCACCUUCUGCCUCUCGGAGCUGGAGGAGCAGCUGAAGGUGCACCGGCCCGCGGCGCUGUUCAUCACGCACGGAGACUCCUCUACCGGCAGCGUGCAGAGCCUGCCCGGCCUCGGCGACCUCUGCCACCAAUACGGAGCCCUGCUGAUAGUGGACACGGUGGUGUCUCUGGUGGCGGUGCCGUUCGAGAUGGACCGCUGGGGCGUGGAUGCGGUGUACACCUCGCUGCAGAAGGGGCUCAGCGGCCCGGCCGGCAUCACGCCCGUCGCCUUCAGCACUAGGGCUGAAGAAAAAAUUAAGAACAGAAAACAUGAACCGCCUUUCUACUUCGAUAUGAAAUUACUCGCUCAGCAGUGGAACUGCUACGGUGAUACUAGAAGCUACCACCACACCCUAUCACCACCACUGCUGUGGGCGCUCCGGUGUAGCCUGCAGGAGCUCUGCCGGGAGGGCCUGGAGCAGUCCUGGGCGCGCCACGCCGCCGCCACCGCCCGCUUCCACCAGCGCUUGCAGACCAUGCCGGUGACCUUCCUGAUCCCCAAGCCUGAAGACCGCCUGGCCACUGUAACGACUGUAGUGAUACCCAAGGAGUACGACCAGCUGGCUGUCCUUAAACAUAUAAGGGAUAAAUACAACAUCGUGAUAUUCCGCGGGCUGGGCCCCACCGUGGGCGUGGCGCUCCGCAUCGGCCUCAUGGGGGUGAACGCCACGCUGCAGGUGGCCGACCAGGUCGCAGACGCGCUGGAAGACGCACUGCUCACACUCAAGAAGGGGAAAUUAUAGAUCUUAGAAAUGUUUAAGUGUAUUGAUGGUAUGUUUUGUUGUUUAAGUAAUAAAGGGCUUAAAAAAUGAUGGUUUAA